AUGAAGGACGCGAUCGCAUGGCUGUCGCUGCUCGCGAUUCUGUUAGCUCUGGUGACUCCAGGCCACAGCAGUCUCAUUCAAACUAGACCACCGGAGGUGCCUCCAGGGAAUGAUCAGGCCGAAGGCUAUGGAGGGGGGAUUGGAGCCAUAGUAACAGUGACGGUCGGGAUCACAAUCACCGAGUCAACUACAGUAACUGUCAAUGGCCAUCAUCCAGGCAAACCUGUUACAGCCACGGUCACGGAGACUUGCACAGUGACGAGUACUGUGAGUGGGCCAACCAUCACUGUGCCAGGCUCUGGAACAACCGUCACUAUACCAGGUCCUGGAACGACUGUAACCAUGCCAGGCCCUGAAAAGACUAUCACUGUCCCAAUCACUGUUCCAGGUGCUGGGACGACCAUCACUAUACCAGGUCCAGGAACCACUAUAACCGUGCCAGAUCCUGGAAAGACCAUCACUGUUCCAAUCACUGUGCCAGGUGCCGGAACGACCGUCACCGUACCGGGUCCUGGAACUACUAUCACGGUCCCAGUCACUGUGCCAGGUGCUGGGACGACCAUCACUGUUCCAAUCACUGUGCCAGGUGCCGGAACGACCGUCACCGUACCGGGUCCUGGAACUACCAUCACGGUCCCAGUCACUGUGCCAGGUGCCGGAACGACCGUCACCGUACCGGGUCCUGAAACUACUAUCACGGUCCCAGUCACUGUGCCAGGUGCUGGGACGACAAUCACUGUGCCGGGUUCUGGGACGACCAUCACUGUUCCAAUCACUGUGCCAGGUGCCGGAACGACCGUCACCGUACCGGGUCCUGGAACUACUAUCACGGUCCCAGUCACUGUGCCAGGUGCUGGGACGACAAUCACUGUGCCGGGUUCUGAAACAACCGUCACUGUGCCGGGUUCUGGGGCGACCAUCACUAUACCAGGCCCCGGAACGACAAUCACCAUACCAGGCUCUGGAACAACCGUCACUAUACCAGGCUCGGGGACGACUAUCACUGUGCCUGGCUCUGAAAUGACAAUUACAGAAACCUCGACGGUGCCAACCACUAUCAGUGGGCCAACCGUAACCCUCCCAGGCUCCGGUACAACAAUCACUGUGCCUGGCUCUGUAACCACUAUAACUGGAUCUGGAUCUGAAACUAUUACCAUCACCUCAUGCAAUCUUCUACCAACUGUCACAGAUACUAUCACCAGAAGUUCCAUUGUCACUAUACCAGGGUCCACUGUCGUUACAACGAGAACCGUUCCUGGCUCCGAGUCUGUCAUCACUGUUCCAAUAACUAUCACGACGAUAAUCACUGAGCCUGGAACCACUAUCACUUUGUCGGACGGUACUAGCACAAUACCCGGGUCAACCCGUACCACAACUAUCACUGGUCCUGAAAGUACAACAAUCAUCGGUGGAUCAAGCACUGUCAUUGAGACUAUUACUUACCCAGGAGGUACAGUAACUGUGAUUGAUCCAAUCACAGAUAUUGACACUAUCACUGCCACCAUCAGCGAGCCUGAUACGACAGUGACCCGAAGUUCCGGUGCCACGAAGACAGUGACCAGGUCUGUGUGCUCCACUCUUAUCACCAAUCCAACCUAUACACCACCUGCAGCAUUGCCGAGGAACUAUACCUGGGGAUGUCCACCGGGGUACCUUUGCAAGCCACCCCAUAAAGGGGAUCGUUCUGACUGCAAGGUUGAGGCCGGUCUUCCCGAUCCUGAAUACAUUUGUGCGCCCUCGGAGUGCAUUCGGGCGCCACCUUUGGAUUUCCACCCAACCUGGAAGUACAACGUAUCCAAGAAUUACUUCAACCUCAAUCCAGAGGACUUUGGUCUAGAUUACUCUAUUUUCCAGCGCUUGGGGCAUUCACAUUCGAGCCACAUACGUGAUAGCUCCCUAUGGGACUUCGUGCCCGGCCAGAAGACAAAGAGAGCUGACAUCGACAUCACAAAUAUUCCCCCCGCGUGUUGGAAUGACUGUCAAGCCGCUGCCUAUGAGCCACAAGAGGUUGGAAAGACACCCGAGAUUUGCGAGAGUGACUCAGAAUUUAUGGAGAACCUGGAUAUUUGCGAGAAAUGCAUCAAUCUUAAUGCUGAUCCCGACGCUGACCCUAAUCAAUUCUCGGAAACUUUGCUGCCAACUUUCACACAGUGGCUGAACUACUGCUCCGAUAUUGUGACAUCUACGACAGAACCAACUGCUACCAGGACUGGUACUUCAACUACAGCGGCACACACUCAGACCAGCGAUGUCACAACCGCUACUAGCACAGCGGCAUCAACAGGAGCCACAGCAACUAGUACGCAACCUACUAGGACCGAGGCUACAAAUGCCCAAGCCACAAGCACUGAGCCGCCCAGUUCUAAGUCCACCGAACAGCCCGAGACUAGUACUGAAACCAGUAGCGAGACCAGCACCGAGACCAGCGCCGAUGCUACUACUGAGACCAGCGCCGGUGCCACUACUGAGACCAGCGCCGUUGCCACUACUGAGACCAGCGCCGGUGCCACUACCGAGACCAGCGCCGAUGCUACUACUGAAACUAGCGCCGAUGCUAGUACUGCGAUCAGUACCGAGACUGAUGAAAGUUUCAGCCCAAGUCAGUCGACUCGCUCUGGCGGAGUGAUCACAGGCUCGGCUUCUGGUUCAUUUUUGACAACCUCAGUUCCCGGAUCAAUGGUGACAAAAUCAGUCUCUGGGUCGUACAUCGUCACAUCUGUACCCGGUUCAAUCCUGACCGCAUCAAGCACUCAGGGAACAGGAUUUGAUGGUGGAGACCCAUCUGGUGACAGAGACCCACCUGAUAGCACAUUUGGAGAUGGUGCUGAUGGCUCAUCCGGCUCCAUUUCCGGAAGCCCUGCAGGCUCACCCAAUCCGACCUCCUCUCCUACUGACUUCAACGGCGCAAAGUUGAAGGAGAUUCCGCACGUUGGCUUGUUGGGUCUCUUGUGGGCUGUUGCUGCACCGCUCCUUUAG